AUGUCUGAUUAUGUUCAAACUGCCAUUUCUAAGCGGGGAAAAGUGGUUUUGGUGAUUGAUGGUUAUGAAAUGUGUUUGAACAAAACUGUUGGCACAAAAAAAUACUGGUGUUGUGCACUAGCAAAGGAAAAACAAUGCAGGAGUACGGUUACGACGGAUUUUCAUAGUGUUAUUGAAAAAGAAACUAUUAAUAGGUCCAUGAGUGAACAUUCGCAUGCACCUAAUGCUGCAUUGUUAGAUGAAUUAAAAUUGCGGACCAACUUAAAACGAGAUGCUGCCUCCAGUCAAUCGUCACCCGCUCAGUUAAUUCAACAAAACUUAGCUCAGGUUCCGAGUACCAGCGCUUGUUCAAUGCCUAGUAAAGAUGCUCUAAGGCACGUAAUUCGACGUGCCAGAAAAAAGAUUUUACCUGCGGAGCCAAAAUCAAUAGAUGAAAUCCAAAUACCGGACAACCUUAAAACAGUCGAAGGGGAAAAAUUUUUAGCAAAGGAUGUUACAUAUGGUAAUAACAAAAGACUGCUGAUGUUUUGCACUAAAGCUGGCAUACAAAUUCUUCGAGACGCUAUUUUGUGGUUAAUGGACGGUACAUUUCGUACAUGUCCUAAUUUAUUCACACAGCUGUACUCUAUACAUGCUAUUGUAGGUCACGAUGAAGAUAGCAAGAAGAUUCUUCCUGUGCUCUAUUGCUUCUUAAUGGACAAAUCUGAAGAGACAUAUAUGGCGUUUUUCCAAGCACUUAAAGAAUAUGCUAUGGAGUUUGAAUACAUUUUGAACCCACAGUAUAUUUUGACAGACUACGAGAUGGCAGUAAUCAACACUGUCAAAAUAGAAUUCCCGGAUGCUGAGCAUAAAGGCUGCCUUUUUCAUUUGGGCCAAAACGUGUGGCGCAAAAUUCAAAGCAGUGGUUUACAAUCACUAUAUGGCAGCAAUAGCGAAUUCGCGCUGAAAAUUCGUCACAUUGUCGCUUUAGCUUAUUUACCACACGAAGAGAUACCAGAAGCUUUCAGGGUUCUGAAGAAUGAAGUUUUACCAAAAGAAGCAGAGAGUGUUACGCUGUGGUUUGAAAAUUAUUACGUCCUUGGAAAGGUAAAAUCUCAGCAGAUAAAUUCUACAAAACUGACAGUUAAAAGGAAGAAUCCAAUGUUCCCUCCAAAACUGUGGUCAGUCUACACAAAUAAUGAGCUGAACUUACCGAGGACACAAAAUAACGUGGAGGCGUGGCAUCGACGGUGGAACUACUUAUUAAAUAAUAAUAGAUAUGGUGUUUACGUUACAAUUAGUCAUUUGCAAAAGGAACAGAUAACCACUAAUCAUGCCAUUGAAAAAUCCAUGGCCAGCAUCACACGUACUCCACCGAAGAAAAAAGGAAAGAGAACCAUGAAUGCCAUCAAAAGGAUUUGUGAUAAUAGAGAAAACAUGACCACUCUAUCUUUUUUACGGGCUAUCGCAACCCAUUUAGAGUUCUAA